AUGAGUGACGAACCAACUCGAGUCAUUCCAGCAUUUCAACACCAGCUUGCUGACGUCAUAGAAUACGACAAAUAUGUAUUUCUAAAUGACAUUAAUGUUGAACAAAUAGAUGACUUCAUCCACAUGCUCAAGGAACAAGCAUCUUUGAUGAAGUCAUCUAGUGAAUCUUCGGCAAUGCCGAGGGUUGAGGAUGAGAUGGAUGAGGAGGUGGAGGAGGAUGACGAGGAGGAGGAGGAGGCGGAGGACGACGAGGAGGAGCAGCAGCAGCAGGAAAAGGAGGAGGACGAGGAGAUAGAGAUGGAGGAGGAGGAACAGCAGCAGGAAAGGGAGGAGGAGGAGAAGGACGAGAAGGAGGAGCAGCAGCAGGAAAGGGAGGAGAAGGAGGAGGACAAGGAGAUGGAGGAGGAGGAGAAGGAGGAGAAGCAGCAGCAGCAGAAAAGGGAGGAGAAGGAGGAGGACGAGGAGAUGGAGGAGGACGAGGAGCAGCAGCAGCAGGAAAGGGAGAAGGGCGAGAAGGACGAGGAGCAGCAGCAGCAGCAGGAAAGGGAGGAGGUGGAGGAGGACGAGGAGAUGGAGAUGGAGGAGGAGGAGGAGCAGCAGCAGCAGCAGCAGCAGGAAAGGGAGGAGGAGGAGGAGAAGGACGAGAAGGAGGAGCAGCAGCAGGAAAAGGAGGAGGAGGAGGACGAGGAGAUGGAGGAGGAGCAGCAGCAGCAGGAAAGGGAGGAGGAGGAGGACGAGGAGAUGGAGGAGGAGCAGCAGCAGCAGCAGGAAACGGAGAAGGACGAGAAGGAGGAGGACGAGGAGAUGGAGGAUGAUGAGGAGGAGCAGCAGCAGGAGGAAAGGGAGGAGGAGGUGAAAGACGAGGAGGAGGACGACGAGAAGGAGGAGGAGCAGCAGCAGCAGCAGGAAAGGGAGGAGGAGGAGGAGAAGGACGAGAAGGAGGAGCAGCAGCAGCAGGAAAGGGAGGAGGAGAAGGACGAGGAGCAGCAGCAACAGGAAAGGGAGGAGGAGGAGAAGGACGAGAAGGAGGAGAAGGACGAGAAGGAGGAGGAGCAGCAGCAGCAGGAAAGGGAGGGGGUGGAGGAGGACGAGGAGAUGGAGGAGGAGGAGAAUGAGGAGCAGCAGGAAAGGGAGGAAGAGGAGAAGGACGAGAAGGAAGAGGAGGAGCAGCCACAGGAAAGGGAGGAGGACGAGAAGGAGCAGCAGCAGCAGGAAAAGGAGGAGGAGGAGGAUGAGGAGAUGGAGGAGGAGCAGCAGCAGCAGGAAAGGGAGGAGGAGGAGAAGGAGGAGAAGGAGGAGGACGAGGAUAUGGAGGAGGAGCAUCAGCAGCAGGAAACGGAGAAGGACGAGAAGGAGGAGGACGAGGAGAUGGAGGAUGAUGAGGAGGAGCAGCAGCAGGAGGAAAGGGAGGAGAAGGUGAAAGACGAGGAGGAGGACGACGAGAAGGAGGAGGAGCAGCAGCAGCAUCAGGAAAGGGAGGAGGUGAAUGACGAGAAGGAGGGGGACGAGGAAGAGGAGGAGCAGCAGCAGCAGCAGAAGGAGAAGGACGAGAAGGAGGAGGACGAGGAGAUGGAGGAAGAGGAGGACACAAAAGAGCCGGCGGUGGAAAGUAAGAGGGUUGAAGAAGAGAUGAACCAAAUCGAGGAGGAAGAAAAAGAUGUAGAGUUGAAGAAGGACGAGAAGGAUCCAGAUGAGGAGGAAGAGGAGGAGGAGAAAAUGGCCCUACAGAAGGAGAAGUGCCUAAGGGAAGAGAAGGAAGAAGAGGAGGAGGACAUGAAGGGCCCAUCUGCCGAAGAGGAGCAACAAUUUGAAGAGAACAGACUUGGUGAGUUACAGAUGAAGGAGGAAAUAAAGAAGGGUCAAACCAAGCAGGAUGAGAUGCUGGAAGAGGAGACGGAAUCAGAAGGGGAGGGCCAACAGGAUCGGAGCCCAAGUGAAGAUGUUGAGAUGUUGAGUGAACUACAGUUUCCGGAGGAAGAAAAGAAGGGUAAGCCUUUGGAGGAGGUGGAAGAGGAGGAGGAGGAGGAGGUGAACCCAAAGGAGCAAAAGCUCAUUGGAGAUGAGAUUCACAGUGAGCUACAGCUGGAGAAGCAAGAAAAGAAGCGUCAGAUUGUGGAGGAGGUGCCACAGGAGAAGGCGGAAUUAAGAGGGGAGGAUGCGCCACCGGAACAGCAGGUGACGCUUGACGAUCUGUGGAGAGUGGGAGCAGAAGAGGAGCGAGGGAACCAAAAGAAGACUGGAAAAGAGGACAGGGAUAAAGAAGAAGACUUGGUUGAGGGGCCGAGCAUACAAAGGAGGAGGAAGAAAUGGUGGCAUAAAUUGUUAUGCUGCUUUUGAAAUUAAUUGGAGACAAAAUUGUAAUAAUGUAAGAGA